AUGGUUAAAGUUAACACAUCAAAAGAAAAAAAAUAUAAGAAAAACUAUGUCCUAAAAAAAGCUCCUAAAAGAACUAUUAAGCAAAAAGAGGUUGCGCGUACAAAAUGCUAUCAACUUACCAAGCUUUUUCGCAAAAAACAAGUCAUAGUUGAUGAUGAGUUUUAUUUCGAUUUGAGCAACUUCGAGUUGUCUGAAAAUUCAGGAUAUUAUUCGAGCGAUCGUGACAAUACGUCAAAUGAAGUCAAACAUAAAAGAGUUCAAAAGUUUGAACCUAAAUUGUUGGUCUGGGUAGCAUUGUCUCCUAAAGGUAGGUCAAAACACUUCAUUGUACCAUCGGGUCAAGCUAUUAACAAAGAUGUUUACUUAGAUAAGUGCCUAAGAUCUAGAUUAAUUCCAUUUAUUGAACAGUACCAUAAAAAUAAUAAUGUAAUCUUCUGGCCUGAUUUAGCAUCGUCACAUUAUUCAAAAAAAGUUCAAGCGUUCUUAAAUUCAAAAAACAUCGAAUUUGUACCAAAAGAGAGAAUUAUUGCUAACACUCCAGAACUUAAACCGAUCGAAGAUUUUUGGAGUGAAAUCAAACAAACAGUUUAUACUAAAUGCUGGCAAGCUGAAAAUUUGGAACAACUUCGUAAUAGAAUUGACUACUGCUUUAAAAACUUAGAUCCAAAUAUAGUACAACGAUUUGGAAGAUUGUCUUUUACUCAAGUUGAUGCAGCUCGGCAAAAUGGAAUCCAAAACUUAUAA